AUGGCAGAGGCAAUUAAUAUUGAUCCUAAUGAGGAUCUUCAGUCUGGAAAGGAAUAUGAGACACUGGAACAAGGUUCUAUAUCAAAUGUUCAAGUUGAACUUAUAUCAAGAUUUUUAUCGGAGUGUCCGCAAGCAGCUUUAAAUGUACACAAGUACCUGCAGAAAAAUUAUUCAAAGUCAAACCAGCAACAACAACAACUCAUGCAACCAGUGAAUUCAACACCGAAACGCGGUCAUCCACUAGAUGAAAGUGGAGGUUCGAUCAGCAACGGAAGAGGUCUCCGUAAAUAUCCUCGAAGGGGUAUUGACAAUAAUGCACAUAAGCACUCACAUAAUGUACAACCAGAAAUUAAUUUACAAACACAGCAACCAUCGUCUUCGAUGUCGUCAGAUGUAAGACAACAUCAAGAGAUAAAUCAAGAUAAUACGAAUCGUAAACGAAUUUCUUUUAAUCAACUGAAGCACGCGGUAUCGUCUAAUUUACCAUGUUUCUUUAUUGAAUUCACCUCGGAUGCGGAUCGUAAUAGUAUUCCAACAGCUCUUCAUGCAAGUGAUCUUAUACUGAAAGAACUGCAAACCAAUGGUGUUUUAAUCAAUAGAUUUACAUUAGUAGGAUGGGCAGGAAAAAAGCUAAAGUUAGGUGUUAAUAAUAAAGAAGAUUACGCUACUCUCGUCAGUUCGGAUAAAUGGCCAACAAAGAUAAAUGGAAUUGAUAUUGUGGUCGUGAAACCAAAAUAUAUACCUGAUUCAUUCACUCUCGUCGUCCGUUAUGUACCUAGGGAAUUAGAUGAAAAUUUUGUUUCAAAUGAAAUUCAGCGAAUAAUUGCUUCUGCAGAUCGUAUUAAACGUAUUCAUUAUUCAUACCAAAGAAGAACAGAUGAUUAUCGAUUCGAAGUGAAAGAUUAUCGUGAAUAUAAUGCUGUGUUGCAACUGGGUCGAAUUGCAAUAGGUCAUUCGUGGUUAUCGAUCACCAAGUUUCAUCCGGGAAAUCGUUUAACGUACUGCACGAAAUGUUGGCGUAUUGGUCAUUUAAGGAACAAAUGCAGCUCAGAAAGCAAAUGUCGUAUUUGUCUUGAAAGUCUGAAUGUCAAUACUCCUCAUAUGUGUAAAAAUGUACCGAAAUGUGCUCAAUGUGAUGGAGAUCAUCAUUCGUUGGAUAGUCAAUGUCAAGUUUUAAAAGAAUAUAAAGAUCAAUUAAAGGAAGAUGUCGAAGAUGCCAUACAAAAAGGACUAUUACAGCGAUUCUCACCGCAAGAGAAAGCACCUACAUUUGAACGUCGAGAGCAAGACUUUCCACCAUUAGCAGCAAGUGAUAAUCAUUCCAAUAAAAAAUGGAAUACUGCGCUACCACGUACAACUGUUGAGUCGAAUGACUUACGAGCAUCAUAUACUGAUAAAACAAUUGAAUCCAUCAAUGAUAAUCUGACAAAACUAAUCGAUAGUAACAAACGGCUUGAAAAUAAAGUUGAUCUAGUAUCAUCAAGUAUAAAAACCGUUACUCUUGAUAUUCAGCUACAUCAAGCAGUCUUAGCAGAUACUAUCAAUAUUAUGAAAGACUUCAUGCAAUAUGUUAUACCAGCAUCGUUAACUGCUAGCAAAGUUGAAAGAUCAUCUCCUAUAGAUGAAGCUAUGCACCGGCUGAAAACUUGGAAUUUUGCACCUAAAGAUCAGAAAUUAGUAUUAUCUCUUUUAGAUGAAUGGUACACGGGUAGAACCUUGAACACAGUCUUAGAACAAUGGGGAAAUGUUGGAAUAGCUCCUUCACAAACCCAAAAAGAACAUAUUAAGAUCCUAUGUUAUAAUGUCGAAGGUUGGGGUACGCGUGCGCUUGAAGCUAUUGAUUUAGUGUAUCAAAUUCAAGCUUCUAUUGGUAUAUUUACUGAAGUUGGUGAGUUAUGGAACAUGAGCCGAUUACCACAUUUUAACACGUUCUAUCAAAAGGGAACUAACAAGAAUGGAGGAGUAUGUAUAGCAGUAGGAAAGCAUCUGAAAGCGACGCGCAUUGAGGUUAACAUUCCGAACACAGUUGUCAUUGAUAUAACAGGUCUAUCAGAACCGGUACGUAUCAUUGGUAUUUACUGGCCCACUAGUCAAGAGCGUGAUCUUGAUGAUAUCUCGCCUUAUGUCGUAGAAGGUACCAUACUAUCAGGUGACUUUAAUGCAACAGUCAAGGAAUGGCAUAGUCCAAUAACUGAUAGAAGAGGUGCGCACGUGAAAGAAUGGAUUAAUGAAAAUAAUCUCAAUUAUAUUCCAUCAACGUCUGAAGAAAACUUUGAUCCAUACAAUUUAUUUUGA